AUCUGUGUGACCUUUAGACGCCAUCAGAGGUGUGACGAACCAAGAUGGAGGACAAUAGGAGGCAUACCGACAGGUCACUCACAAUGAGAAUCUCUACCCUCGUCCUUCUGGCCGCCUGUGUCGUUGCUGCUGCUGCUGUGGGUGAAGAUUUGACUGUUUGUAGUCAAGACGACUUUGCAAAGAGGGCAAUAGCUAAUGGAGGUCCUAAGAAGCCGCAGUUGCCAAAGCAAUAUUCUGUGCGAAUUGAAGCCAACAUCAUCGAACACAACUACACACAGGACAUACACGAGUACUUCGACUCGACCGACAAUAUGGGCGCAGUCCAUGAGUGGAUUAACGGCCAAGAAACCAAGAUGAUUUUCCUGUAUGCUACUGGUGAACUGAUAACGCUGCAGUACGACAACUCAGGUGCCCCUCCAAGGUGCCACGUGGACAUCCUCGACAAAAGCAGCGCAAAAAACAUAUUUGGCGUGGUUCAGUACAAUAAUGGAUCCGAUCACAUCUUCUCGGCGAACCAGGCUCUGCGUUUUGGUGGAGGCAUACCGGAAGUGUAUAUAGGUACCGGGACAGCACGAGACGGGAUCGUCGUUGACAUGUGGGAGUCGUGUAUCUUCUGGGAAGAAAAAAAUGCAACGUUCAAGCUGACCUGGUCUUUUAGUGCCAACAAUACCUGGACGACAGCUGAAAAUGUAGUAGCCCCAGAGCAGUUGGACGUCGAGGGGAAAUAUCACGUGAACAGCUCUGUCACUCUCCCCAUCCUAAGGGAGUACGUGUUCACCGACUUUAAACCAGUUCUCACAGAAGGCCAUGUAUCACCAUUCGAGACGCCAGCCGGCACGUACUGCCAGAACCGAGUGUCAACCCGGCCUCUACCCAACGUCACCAAGACGUUCACAUUCACAGCGGAAAUAUUUGAACCAAUGAACAACUACCUCAACUGGAUUAAGGAGUACUACGACUGGUACUUCGACCUCGUCCGCUACGACUACAGCGUUGACCCCAACACCCAAAGUCCCUAUGGCAAUGGCAAGCUGAUCCGAGUACACGACUUCAACACAGGCGUGGCUUACAUCAUGGACGCCAUGAUCGGCAACUGCUCGGUGACCAAGAUCAGUGCUUCGGGCUUCGACUCAAAAUCUUUGGACGCCGGAAAUGUUCGGAUAAGGACAAACAAAGAGUUCUUCGACUUCGCCAAUAACUCAUAUGAAUAUUCUGGCCAGCGAGUUGUACGUGGUAUCACCUGUGACGUGUGGACCGCCCGGAGAAUCGGCUACCCAGCUGGUUGGCCCACCGCCAUCAGCAUCUGGGAGUGGUACUUCGCCAGCAGCGACUGGAUGGAGAACACCGGGAUUCACAAUUACUUCUACCUGCCCGUUAUGCUGCAGAUUACGUCACAGGCGCCUCUACUCAACAUCAUCUACAACAUCUACGACUACAGCGAGGCCAACCCCAACAUCUGGCAGACAGACAUCUCUGCCUGCUUCAACUACACCCACAGAAAGGCUUUCCAGUUGGCCUUCCCAGGAACGUACAGCAAGGAUGUGGCUUCCAGUCUCAGCAAGUUCAAGUUAGCCGUCGUACAGACAACAGUGACGGAGGGCGGCAUCACACCCAUCAGGAUUAGCAACUUACAGGUGGACUUCAGUACCGGUGAUGUCCUUGUGAGCUUCACCAUCCUUGACAAGGCCCCUAUACCCGGAGACGUCACCACAGGCUUCACAGACAUCCCCCUCGCCGACGCCGUCACUUCAAUCACCAACAGUGUCAACAAUGGACAGUUCCAGCUCCAACUAGACACAGCAUCGUUUCCUAAUGUAGGGGGAACGCUGACAGCAAAGAAGUACUCGGCAAAGUCUUGGGACGUCGUCGUCAACGAAUAUUACGGGACACCCACCAAAAGGGCUACGGUGGAGGGGCAAUGGCCGGACUUGCCGUUGCCAUGAUAGUGAUUGGACUUUGUAUCGGCUUUGGUAUCCUUUUCGCCAUUUACAAGUUCAGAGGCGGAUCCUUCACCAACAGCUUCGCCCCGAAAACAUUUACAGAGAAAGAGAUGGAGUGAUGAUGGGUCCUUAGUCGUGUCUCAGACAGUUCACGAUGUUUUCAUCCAUUCGAAACCAAGGGCAAAAUGUUUACAGCGUCGGCCACACCAGACACUCGAAUUGUGGUGUGCUCAUUUAUACUAAGCGACGUGAAACAAAUGGAAUAGGAAGUAACAUCGUGUGAUAGUACUGACAGUCAAACACCCCUGUGUCGAACCUUGAUGAGUCGAACAUCUGGUUGUCUCGAACAAAAGCUUUGUCCCGAACAAAAGCUUUGUCCCUGCGUUUUCCUUCUUUAUGAUCGUGUCAAACUUCUGAUAAUUCGAACUAUUUCCCUUCAAGUUCGACACAGCGGUGUUUCACUGUAUUUCAGAAAAAGAGACCCAUUUUAUGACUUCAGUAUAUCACUUUAACAUGGUGUUUUCUAUUGAACAUAACUUGUGAGUGUACCUGUCGUUUUCACUUGUAUUGUACGUUUACUGUAUUGUUGGAGGUGUAUAUGGAGCUAUUCGUGGUCACUUUUCUCGAAUCUAAAUUGUAAUUUUAAUCAUUAUCUUAACAGUAAUCGUAAUACAUGAAAGACUAAUUAGCAGGUGUAGCUUUGUCAAAAGUUUCGUCUUCAUCUUUUGAAUAGAAAUCGACACAUACAAUGUUUAUGUUUUCCGUUACCAAUUUUCUGUUUUUCUUAAAAAAUGCGCAAUCACAAAUAUUGUUUUUAAUAUUUACCAAUUGCUAAUAUUCUGGACAGUUGUGAUGAUAAAUUACUCAAACACAACUCCAAAGUUUCUUCAGUGACGCAUUCAUCAUACAUUCCGUAUCAAAAUAUAAAAAGCAUGGACAGAACUUUGAUAGGCGAUAAAUACAGAUAUUUAUUGCUCCCAAGUAUGAUGUUUGCGUUACGGAACCGUCCCAAUCCUUAUUUCCAGCUGGGCGGUGCGGUAGCCUGUGGCUCUUCACGCCGAAGACCCGGCUUCGAUUCCCCACAUGGGUACAAAGUGCGAAGCCCCUUUCUGGUGUCCCAAAAUAUUGCUAAAACGGCGUAAAACUAAACUCACUCACCCUAUUCCCCAAUCCCGUCCCCUAUCCGCCGUGCAUCUAUACUUGUGCAGUAGAAAUGGCUUGGAAUACUUCCGUGGUAAUGAUGAACUAUCCGAUAUCAAGGUGUGCAAUGUUUUGACAGACCAUCGCCCUAGCUGUAAAAUAUGGUAGCAAUGUUAAUUCGACAAUUUGACACAUAAUUCAGAUUCAAUUACCAUUAAUGUUUUUAAUACUUUGAAAUAAACUUGUUCUUUAAA